AUUCAUUUCAAGUUUUAUUUACAAAUAAAUAAUUUUUUAUAUUUUUUAUGUCAAUUCAUGAUUUUCUUAUCGAAUAUAUGGAUUUUCAAAAUGAUACAAGCAAAUCAUGUCACCAUGGCAACAAGUAAUAGUAAUAAUAAUAAUAAUAAUAAUAAGCAUAAUUUAUUAUUUAAUUCUGAUGGAAACAUUUUCAAUAUGGAAACACAGAUGGAUUUGAUUCAUCGUUUACCACGUUACACACAAAUAUUGUCGUCGUCAUCGUCGUCGUCAUCGUCAUCAUCAUCAUCUUCAUCACCGUCAGCAAUAACACCAAUUCUAGGUACAGAAUUAAUUCAACUUAGUUAUAAUUGUAUAGUCUAUGAUGAAACACCAGCUCAAUAUAAUUUACUUGAUGAAACUAAUGGAAAUACAUGUCAAUUAUUAUCACCAUCAUCCUCCUCAUCCUCAUCUUCAUCCUCCUCCUCCUCAUCAUUAUCGAGUAUACAAAUGAUUCGAAUAAAAAAUUCCGAGAAAUUAUUCAUCAAUAUGAAAAUUAUAACAACAGCAAAUCCUAUGGCAAAAUAUUUUAAUAUUAAUCCAAAUAAUUAUACAUUGUAUACAAGUCAACAUAUUGAUCGUGAAGAAUUAUGUAAUCAAGCAAUGCUAAUGACUGAUACAUCGUCUAUACCGGAUUCUUUACGAACAUGUUGUAUAAAUCGUCGAAAGGAAUGUAUUUUCCCAUUGAAUAUACUUGUACAGACAAGAAUUGGUAAAGACGAUACGGUUGCUACUACUACUACUACUAACAGUAUUAAUAGUAGUAGUAGCACCAUUUCUAAACAUUCAGUCGACAAAGGAAUUAAUCAUGGAUUAUCCAUUAUUACUGAUACUACAAUCGCUGAUAUUAGUAGUAUAGGUAGUAUUAGUAGUAAUGGUAAUAUUGCUGAUGUUGUAAGUAGUAGUUCACGUUCAAAAUUUUUUACAAUUAACAUAAAACUAAUUGAUAUCAAUGAUAAUGCACCAAAAUUUCCAAAUCCUCAAUAUACAAUCCAUGUUUCAGAAGGAAUACAUGUUGGAUCCAGGUUACCUUUACCAUUAGCGGAAGAUUUAGAUUGUGUAGACUAUAAUAUUGUACGUUAUCAACUUCUUACACAAGGUGAUGAUACAUUUGAAUUGAUUCAAUUAUCAAAUGAAUUAAUCAAUAAUCUACCUUCACUAGUUCCAUCUACCUCAAUUAAUAAUGAUAAUAAUCAACUAAUCUAUUCAAAUUAUAAUAGUUUAUCUUAUAAUAGACAAAUGGAACAUCCAUUUACUUAUCAUCAAUCGAAUACAUUAUCACCAAUAAAUCAAUUAUUACCAUAUCAAAAUCGACCAGAACAAUUAUAUUUAAAAGUUAUGAAACCAUUAGAUUGGGAAACUAAACGUAGCUAUCAAUUUAUAUUAAAUGCUGAAGAUAAUGGAUCACCAGCAUUUACCGGUGAAAUGAGUUUGAUGAUCAUUGUCACUGAUGAAAAUGAUAAUCAUCCUAUAUUUCGUAAUAAAAGUUUAAUGAUUAGUGUACCAGAAAAUUCACCCGAAGGUUUACAUCUUAUACAAUUAAUUGCUGAUGAUCCAGAUGAUGGAAAAUCUGGUCAAAUUAUUUAUAGUUUAAUAAACAAUGAUGUCAACAUUAAACCACCAUCCUCAUCCUCAUCAUCCUCAUCAUCAUUAUCAUCACUAUCGAAUAGUAAUGAUCAUUUCAAUCAACGUCAAUUACAUAAUAAUACGCAUACUACUAAUAAUAGUAAUGAAAUGAAGAAAAGCUUAUUUGAAAUUGAUUCUAAAACUGGUUGGUUAAUUAUAAAUGGACAUUUAGAUUAUGAAAUAUCAAAACAUCAUCUUCUACGUGUCAUAGCUCGUGAUCAAUCGAAUCAUCCAGGAUUUGAUGAAGCAAUCAUAAGUGUUUAUAUCACAGAUAUUAAUGAUAUUGCACCACAGAUUACAGUAGAAUCAGUUAAUCGUAUUUCAUCAAGUCAAUCGAUUAUUGAUAAUCAUCAUCAUAAGAAUAAUCAAUAUAAGAAUAAUAUAUUACAAGUGUAUAUUAAUGAAACUCCUGGACAUAAUAUAAUGAAUUAUAAAUUAGAAAAUGAAUAUACUACUCAUUAUAAUUUAUUACCAACUAUGAUACAAUUAUUAGCUUUUGUAGUUGUAAAUGAUCCAGAUACUGGUCCUGGUGGUACAUUUCAAUGUCAUUUAGAAUCAAAUACAAUAGAUAACAAUGAUAAUAAUGAUAAAACAUUUAGAUCCAAGUUACAUUAUCCAAUACAAUAUACAUUGAAUGAACAAAAUCAUUAUUUGUCAUUCAUUCCAACUCCUAGUACUAAUACUAUUCGUAGUAGUACUACUGGUACUAUAAGUCAUAGUUCAACUGUUGGAAUUUUUCAAUUAAAUCCAAUAUCUAAUUUCAAUUAUGAAUUAAAUACAAUUUAUGGAUUUGAUUAUGAAUUUAGUAAAACAGAAUCAGUAAAGAUUGUAUGCAGUGAUAAUGGGAUACCAAGUCUUACAUCCAGUUAUGUGAUUAAAGUUAUUGUACAAGAUUUAAAUGAUAAUCCACCAGUUUUUACAAAAGAUUAUCAUAAUUUUUUUGUUCAAGAGAAUAGUCCAAUCAAUACAUUGAUUAAUAAAGUAAUUGCAACUGAUGCAGACAGUGAAAAGAAUGCUGAAAUCAAAUAUCAACUUAGUCAAGAUGGUGAAGAAUACUUUACUAUUCAUCAAUUAGAUGGAACUAUUUAUACAAAAAUAAUAUUCGAUAGAGAAUUAAAACAAAAUUAUCGAUUUCAAGUCUAUGCCAAUGAUAAUGGUCAACCGAUUGCAUUAACAGCAACCACUACAAUUGAAGUGACUAUUGUUGAUGUUAAUGAUAAUACACCAAUGUUUGUCGGUUUAGAUCGAGAUAAUUGUUAUCAUUUCCGUAUAGCAGAAAAUCAACCACCGAAUACAUAUGUUGGUAUCCUACUUGGUACCGAUAAUGAUAUUGAUGAAAAUGCUCAAUUACAUUUUCGUUUACUUGGUACAACAUCUCAUUUUAGAUUGAAUAGUUCCACUGGAGAAAUAACAACUUUACAAUUAUUAGAUCGUGAAAAACAAGCAAAUUAUGAAUUAAUUGUUUUAUUAAUUGAUCAUGGUAAACCAUCACGUUCAGCAACAGCUAAAGUUCAUAUACAUGUAACUGAUACAAAUGAUCAUGAUCCAAUUGUUGUAUUUCCAGUUAAUGGUAAAGGUAAUAUUAGUGUAUCUUAUCGGGAACCACCAGGUGAAAUAAUAGCACGAAUUGAAGCACGUGAUCCCGAUGAAGGACAUAAUUCUUUAUUACAUUUCAAUUUAUAUUCUGGUAAUCAAGCUUCAGUCUUUCGUCUUGGUAGUACAUCAGCUGAAUUAAUAAUUGAUCGUGAAUUAACUAUACAAGAUAUUGGUUUAUAUCCAUUAGUAAUACAUAUACAAGACGCUGGUAUUCCAUCACGUACAACAGAAGUGAAACUAAUGGUUAAAAUAAUUGAUUCACCACCACGUAUAUAUUCGAAUCGUUUUACAAAUUUACAUCAUUCUACAAAUUUAUUAAAUAAUGAUAUUAAAUCAUUAAAUUUACAUCGUCGUUUCAAAGAUAAUCAAUAUUAUUCAUUAAUCAAUGAUCAUGAGAAAUUAAUGAAAACAAAUGAAUUUCAUAAUUAUGAUGAUAAUAAUCCAUUAAAUACUAGUUCUAUAUUAGUUGCUAUCGUUGCAUUAAGUUGUGCUAUCAUACUUGUAUUAUUAGGGAUUACUGUAUAUGUAUGCGGUCGACGAGGAUUUCAAAGUUUUCGUCAUCAUAAUAAUAAUACUACUAAUAAUAAUAGUAGUAGUAGUAGUAGUAGUAGAAAUGGUCGAAUGCAAUAUCUAUUACGUAAUGAUAAUUCAUUAAAUAAUAUCAAAUUAACUGAUAAUAAAUUUAAUUGGAAAAAUAUAUUAAAUUCAAAAUAUCAUACAAAUCAUAAUAAUAAUAAUAAUAAUAAUAAUACAAUAUUAUAUCCUAAUAAAUCAAUAAUCAAUAAUCAAUAUCAUUCCAAUCAAUCGAUCUUAUUCAAUAAUGAAAAUAAUCCAUAUAUUGAUCAAUUCAAUUCUAAUAAUUAUACAUUACCACAAUAUAAUCAAUAUGAACAACAUAUAAGUAGUAAUAGUCAUAGUAGUACAUUGAUCAAUUCGAAUCUUGAUUAUUUACAACAAUCUCAUCAUAGUAACAAUAAUAAUGAUCCAUUGAAUUUAUGUAAAACGAUGAUGAAUGAUGAAGAUUUAAAAAAUAAAUCAAUAUUACCAAUGAAUAUAUCAACAAUAGAUAUAAUAAAUAAUACGAAUAAUGUUACCAUGGCAACAGAUACGAUUAAUAGUAUCAUGUGUAAUAAUAAUCAUAAUAAUCAUAAUAAAAUUGAUCCUAAUUAUUUUACACAAUCGUUAAAAUUCAAAAAAUCAGAGAAAUUAGAUAAUUCAAUGAAUUUAUUGAAUGGAUCAAUGAAUGAUAAUAAUAAUAAUCAUGAUCAUAAUUCAAAUGAAAUAAAUCAAUUAAAAACUGCUAGAAGUUGGGAAUAUAUUGUAAUACCACAUAAUAAUAAUGAUAAUCAGUCAUUAUCUCCUUUAUCAUCAAACAAAGAUCAUGACAAACCGCAAGAACAACAACAUCAAGUUUCAUGGACUUCUAAUAUUCAAUCAAAUAUUCCAUCAAGUAAAUCAACAACAAUUUUAUCACCACAACAUACAAUUCAACAUAAAAUAGGUAAUUAUCUUUCAGAUAAUCAAUCUUUUAUGAUGACUUCUACACCUUGUAUUACUUCUACACCAUCUACACCUUCUGUUAUCUCGACUACUUCCACUGCUACUACUAUUACUAGUACUAGUACUACUACUACUACUACUGCCACAUCAUCAAACUGUUCUGAUUAUACUAUUAUUAACCAAUAUCCUAAUACAUUACAAACAUUUAAUAAACAAUCUAAUCAGAAUAAUAAUGAUAAUUUAUCUGUAUUCUAUUUAAAUCAUUCAACAAAUAUUAUUGAUCAUUAUAAUCAAUCUUUAUUAUUAAAUCAAUUUAAUCAUAAACAAAUCAAUAAAUCAAUAGAAAAUGGUAAUCAAUCAAUAACACCAAUUAAUUUAAUUGAUUUUAUUGAUAAACAAUUAUAUGAUAAGAAAUCUUUUAAAUAUGAUAUCAUAAUAGAUAAUUCAAUAAUAAAUGAUUCUAAAGAUUCAAUGGAUGAUAAUAAUGCGAAUACACUUAUGUAUAUGAUAAACAAUCAACAAAAACAACAACAACAACAAUCGAAUUCUUCACAAUCUUGUGAUAUAUUCACUACUACUACUACUACUACUACUACUACUACUACUACUACUACUACUACUACUACUACUACUACUACUACUACUACUACUACUACUACUACUACUACUACUACUACUACUACUACUACUACUACUACUACUACUACUACUACUACUACUACUACUACUACUACUACUACUACUACUACUACUACUACUACUACUACUACUACUACUACUACUACUACUACUACUACUACUACUACUACUACUACUACUACUACUACUACUACUACUACUACUACUACUACUACUACUACUACUACUACUACUACUACUACUACUACUACUACUACUACUACUACUACUACUACUACUACUACUACUACUACUACUACUACUACUACUACUACUACUACUACUACUACUACUACUACUACUACUACUACUACUACUACUACUACUACUACUACUACUACUACUACUACUACUACUACUACUACUACUACUACUACUACUACUACUACUACUACUACUACUACUACUACUACUACUACUACUACUACUACUACUACUACUACUACUACUACUACUACUACUACUACUACUACUACUACUACUACUACUACUACUACUACUACUACUACUACUACUACUACUACUACUACUACUACUACUACUACUACUACUACUACUACUACUACUACUACUACUACUACUACUACUACUACUACUACUACUACUACUACUACUACUACUACUACUACUACUACUACUACUACUACUACUACUACUACUACUACUACUACUACUACUACUACUACUACUACUACUACUACUACUACUACUACUACUACUACUACUACUACUACUACUACUACUACUACUACUACUACUACUACUACUACUACUACUACUACUACUACUACUACUACUACUACUACUACUACUACUACUACUACUACUACUACUACUACUACUACUACUACUACUACUACUACUACUACUACUACUACUACUACUACUACUACUACUACUACUACUACUACUACUACUACUACUACUACUACUACUACUACUACUACUACUACUACUACUACUACUACUACUACUACUACUACUACUACUACUAUUACUUUUACAUCUUUCAGUAGAUCUAUUAUAUUUUCAAUGAUUGAUAUUAGUUAUAAUAUUCUUAUGAUGUCAACAUUUGUUAGUUUAUGUUCAUCAUCAUCAUCAUCAUCAUCAUCAUAUAAAAAAUUAUAUAAAAGUACACCAAAUUAUGGGAUCAUUAAUAAUCAAUAUAUCAAUGUGAAAUCAAUUUCAAUAGAAAAAUUAAAAAAUUAUUUUUAUCGAUUAGAUCAAUUACCAUUUAUUGAUGAAAUGUAUCAAAAUGAUCAAUAUCUAAAUAUAUACGCAUCAUUUGAUGAAUUCAGUAUCAAUGGUAUGGAUAAUCAAAAGAAUUUUAUUAAAAAUCAAUCAUCUUCACAUAAAACUUCUGGUAAAUUAUGUGGUUGUUUCACAAGAAGAUAA